GAUAUUCAUUUAUUUUUUAUUUAUAAUUUUACAAAAAAUGGGAAGGAUCUGAAAAUGGCGGUUCUUUUCCAUUGUGGUAUUUCAUCUAAAGCCUGACAAGACAGUUCGCAGCUCAAAGAAGAAGAAGAGCAGAAGAAAAACUUGAAGCCUCCAAACCAGAAAGAACCACUGUAGAGAAUGAGAGCUUUCUCUGCUAUUUAUUCCGUCGAGCCGACAUCAUUAUCUAGGGGGUUUCUACCUGUCAGAAGGAUUUGUCUUAGUUUUCCCCAACGUGUCUUCUUCUGCAAAGCGAAGUCUGCUGAAUUUGGGCCAGAUGGAUCUCUCAGCUUUAGAACAGUCUCUCAUACUCUGUUAGUAGCAGAAAAAGAGGAGGCCAAAGCUGUCCUAACCUUGUUCUUGAGGAAACAAGGUCUGAGCAAUGCAGUUGCAGCAAGGAUAAUCAACAAGUCAGACCUUUUUAUUAACCACCUUGUAUCAAGACUCCAUUCUGUUCAUAAAUCUCGAUAUCUAGUAGGAAGAGAGCUUACCACCCUUGAGAUCAGAGAUGCUCUUAUUCCAUAUCUUGAGUCUCUUCUUGAGGAACAUGGAAACGUUCUGGUAGAUGUGGUUGAAAACUUUCCUAACCCACCUGGGAAAGAAAGAUCAAUUGUUCCAGCUUCUCCAAGCACUUCAAAUCUUAGCUCCAAGAAAGUGAAGGCUGUGGCCCGGGUAAGUGAGAUAGGCCCUGAUGGGCAGCUGCCUGCACAUGUACUCUACCUCAUAGACCUAGGGAUCGAACUUGAACAGAUUAAGGCAAUGACUCGCAAGUUCCCAGCUUUUGCCUACUACAGCUUGGAGGGUAAAAUAAAGCCAAUUGUUGAAUUUCUCCUUGAACUUGGAGUGCCCAAAUCAGACAUCCCUACGAUCCUCAUCAAAAGGCCUCAGUUGUGUGGUAUCAGUAUCUCUGAGAACCUCAUCCCAACCAUGGCAUAUUUGGAGAACUUUGGUGUUGACAAGAGACAGUGGGCGAAGGUGAUACAUCGCUUUCCUGCGUUGCUGACUUAUAGCAGGCAGAAGGUGAAAGCAUCUGUAGAUUACCUGUAUGAAUUGGGCCUCUCAGCAGAGAGUGUAGGUAAGAUCCUUACACGUUGUCCGCAUAUCAUAAGUUAUAAUGUGGACGAUAAAUUACGGCCCACAGCCGGAUACUUCCGAUCAAUGGGUGUUGAUGUUGCUGUUCUUCUCCACCGAUCCCCACAGACUUUUGGUCUCAGUAUUGAGGCCAAUCUGAAGCCUGUGACGGAGUUUUUCUUGGAGAGAGGAUACACAGAGGCAGAGGUUGGGACCAUGGUUUCAAGGUAUGGAGCUCUAUACACUUUUAGUCUGGGUGAGAACUUGAUACCAAAAUGGGAUUUCUUUUUGACCAUGGAUUAUCCUAAUUCGGAGCUGGUAAAAUUCCCACAGUAUUUUGGUUACAGUUUGGAGGAUAGGAUUAAGCCAAGAUAUGCUCUUGUGAAAGAAAGUGGAGUGAAAUUGUUGCUGAACCAGGUAUUAUCUCUUUCAGAUAUUGAAUUUGGUAAGGUAUUAAAGAGGAAAGUGAAGAAGAUGCUUGAUGAUUAGACUUCACUUAGUGUAACAGACAGCGAAGAUCAUUGUUCAGACCUAGAAAGAAAGAGAUAAUAGUAAUGUAUAGAUAACAAAACUCUGUAUGCCCAUCUUGAGGAAAUAGUUGUAGAUUGUCAGAUCAGACACCAGUUAUUGCUGCAGCAGUGGGCAAGAAAAUUGUCCGAUAAUUGCAUGUAAUUUUUUUAGGGGUUGGAAAAAUGUAUACAGAUUGUCAUCCAUUUUUCCAUUUUAAUUUAAUAUAAGCUAAGCCUGUUGUCUUUGAUGAUGGAAAUUGUGCUUGGUUCAUGAGCAACCAUUGCCAUCGGAAUGUUUCAUGUACAUUGUGGCAGCCAGGGUUUCAACUAAAAGUUCUUUUCUUA